AUGUUUACAUUUUUUAAAGGUGGUUAUUCUGCAAAUGUUCACCCUGAGAAGGUCGUAGCCUUUGCUGGUGGAAACGCCAUCCUCCCCUGCAACUUGAAAAUCCCUGUGAGUGAUCACAUUCCGACGGUGGAGUGGUCCAAGGAAGACCUGGACUCAGACAUCGUCUUCUUGUACCGUGAUGGCUAUGAGACAUUUGAGAUGAAGAACCUGGCCUUUGAGUUCAGGACGAGUCUCUUCAUGAGAGAGGUGAAAAACGGGAACUUCUCGCUGAGGAUCUCCAACCUGAAGCCGUCAGACUCCGGGAUCUAUCAGUGUUUGAUCAUCCAAGGGAACAGAAGCAGAGAGGCGACAAAAGUAGAGCUGGCGGUUGGUAUGUAG